CUUUCUUUUCUCCGCUCCUCGUGUGUCGAUCAGUCGAUGGCGCUUAAUUCUCGGCAAUGUCGCUCUCCGACGACCCAGAGAGAACUUUGUAUAGAACCCACUCCGCUGCCGUAAGCCUCGCCUCUCUUUCUUUUCCUUCCCAUCUCUUUCCUCAGCCCCUAAUCGCUCACAUUCCCGUAUCCCCAUUCGAUCUCACCCCUCUUCAAUCACGAACAGAAGAAAGAAAAAAAGAACCGAUUUCUCCCCAGCUUCAAUGCGAGCUCUGAGUGCUCCAAAAACAGAACUAGAAUAUAGGGUACGCCAAAAAUCAGGAAUUUUCCUGUUUGGAUCUUUGGCGCUGCGCUGGUUGUGACUUGGCCCUGAUUUCUUUCGAACACGAGGAAUUGUUAUUAAUUGGGUAUGGGUUUUACUUCUAUUUUUAUAGAUGAUCCAAGAUUUAUUUCAUCUGUGUAAUUAAAAAGCGGGACAGACAGCCUCGAGGAUAUUGUUGAGUUUUCUGGGGAUUGGGUUUGUGCGGUCGGGUCGCUGACAUACACAUUAUUAUAAAAGAAUAAAGGAAACUCAUGUACAGGAAUUCUUUCAGUAACAAUACUGCCCGCUGCGCUGUUUCAACAAUUUUUUAAUUGGGGCAAUUGAGUUCUUACUUCAAAGACUGAAGUGAAGAAUUUGAUGAUUAGGGAAUGGAAAACGGUAGGCUUGAAUCUGUGAGGAAGUUAGCUGAUAUGGAGGACAAACAGAUCAUCUAUUCUUAAUUUUGUGAUUUGGAGAAGGAAUUAGCUUCUCAAGCAGCUGAGAAACCAUUAAUUUUGCAGCUAAAGUCUUUGAAGUUGCUUGAUGCAAUGGCUGGAGAGGCGCCUGGCCCAUCAGGUCAAUGGAUCCAGAAACAACCAACCUCGGUCAUUCCGAAUGUAGGGAGCAACGUAAAUAAGAACUUCUCUGUUCGGACAGGUGAAGAAUUUUCAAUGGAGUUUCUUCAGGACCGUGUUGCUGCUAGAAGAGUUCCUGAUGUACCUAAUAUGGCUCACAAACGAGAAAAGAAGGUCUUAUUCAAUUAUGAUCAGCAUGGACAUCUGGUGUAUGAGGAUCACACUGGUAUUCUUGGGCUGAACAGAAUGGAUUCUGAGAGUGCCUCUGACAUGUCUGAGUAUGCCUCUGCAAGAGGUUCUGUGAAGGAGCUUGAAAAUGGGGCUUAUGUUCAUAAAUCAAACAACAACCACAAGGAAGAUCGUAAUAGUGGACAGGGGUCAAGGAAGGCUAGCGGUGAAUUGAAUUGUAACGGAACUGGUUUUGGCCCAAUGUCUUCUCCAAUUUAUAAAUCUGACUCCCCUCAUUCCAACAACUUUCCUGGGUCAGGAGCAUCGGAUGGUUCUCAAUCUGGGAAAAUGAAGUUUCUUUGCAGUUUUGGUGGAAAAAUUUUUCCUAGGCCAAGUGAUGGGAAACUUAGAUAUGUUGGUGGUGAGACACAUAUUAUUUCGAUCCGAAAGAAUAUUACACGGGAAGAGCUUGUGAAGAAAACUUUUUGCAUUUGUGGCCAUCCUCACACGAUCAAGUAUCAGCUUCCGGGUGAGGAUCUUGAUGCCCUGAUAUCCGUGUCUUCUGAUGAGGAUCUUCAUAACAUGAUAGAUGAAUAUAAUGGGCUUGAAAGGCAUGAAGGUUCUCAAAGACUCCGUAUUUUUUUGAUACCUUUGGGUGAAUCUGAGGAAACAUCUUCCCUUAAGGGAAAUGCUAUUCAACAGAGCAGUCCUGAUUACCAAUAUGUUGUUGCUGUGAACGGGAUCCUGGAUCCUAGUUCUAGGAAGAACACCUGUGGACAGAGUUCUGCAAGUGACCUUCACUUGAGAACUAAUAUGGACUGCCAUCCCAGUUUUCACAGAAAUUCUCCGACUGCCCCGUUUCACUUGGAGAGAAAGGGUGGUUUUAAUGAUUUGCAUCCUGCUCAGUUUUUUAAUCAACCCCAGAAUAGGAGCAGGUCUCCUGAUAAAUGUCUUCCUUUCUCUUCAAUCCCACUUCAGGGGGAAGAUUCAAGGAGUGCUAAUAAGCAAUUGUGUGUUGAUAACUCAUGCCGGGCUAGUAAUGAGAGCAGCAUUUCCUUUUUCAGUACUCAACAAACACCUGAGUAUUCAAGCACUGACAGUACUGGUUCCAAACACCGUAUAAAAGAGGCAGUACCUUUGAUGAAUCAUCUUCAUCCUUAUAAACAAGUUGAUGACAGUCAGCCCGGUGGAGGAUAUUUUCAUAACCACAACCCCAGAAAAGAAUUUGUGCUUCCAGCUCUUGAUCAAGAUGAGGGUGAAUUUGAUGGGUUCUCCUGUGGGAAACCAAUGCACAAGGAAAGAACAUUCCACUCCGAGAAGCCUAUCUCUCACACAGAAGAUCCAUUGGGUCUAUUUUCAGGAUCCGGUGACUACAUCAAUUCUCAUCGAGGGUUGCCACAUGCAUUUUCUGAUUCAAAGUUGCACGAGAAUGGAGGAAACCCUGCUUUCUGUUCACAAGAAGGAAUGAGCCCAUUGUCCCCCUUGAAAUUUCCAAAGCCUCAAUUAUCUCCACAACUAAACUCAACUGUCUCACGAGACAAACCACUGAAACCACAUGAGCAUGAUGAUCCUGUUUAUCCUCAUGUGCAAUAUAAGUUAGUGGAAACUAUAUCUCAGAGUAGACCAGAUUGGCUGAAUUCUUCCACAUGUCCAGAAAUAUCAGGGAGGAAUGAACCUAACGAUACAGGUACUGGCAGCAUUGAUGACAAAGAACAAACAACUGAAAAAGACUCAAAUAAUUCUGGUUUCUUGAUACCAAAAAAAUUUGAAGAAAACUUUUCAACCUUGGAAAGGUUUGGUAAAACAAAUCCUUUUCUGUGUCAAGGUGGAGAGCUUUAUGAGGAGAGAUCUCUUGCUACUGGAUGGGGAUAUAAGGCAAUAUUGCCGGAUAUGAACUCCAACCUAUCUCCUUUUGGCAUUGAUACUUCUAUGCAAGUGUUACAAGCUUCAGGUCAAGUGCUUCCUGCAUCCUCAGCCAUUAAUUUUAAGCCUUUUGUAGAUAACCCGAUGGAGCACCCCAAAAACCACCGACUGGAAAAAAUUCCUCCUGAGAGCCAAAGAACUGCCAAUGAUGAGGAUUGUGCUUCGACUAUAACAGUAAGUGGUGUAGAAGGAAAAGGGAUUUCAGAGAUUGGGAAUUAUGAAGUUGCAGGCUUAUAUCCAAGUGUCAGACAGCAGUAUCACAACGCAGAUUCUUCAACUGAUCUUAUGACUGGGUCAUCCUGUGGGCUAGCUUCCCUUGAACCUCCAUUGCUAAAACCUGUUACAAGUCACAAAGAUAUGGGUAUCCAAGAGCCCAUUCAAAGGAACUCUGUGGAUUUGUGCCCAUCUACAGCUCAUGCUAAUUCUGGUUUGAGCUCAAAUUUGAAUAAGCAUGACUACACAAUGACUCAGAAUCGAAACAAAGAUGCUUUGUUUCAGGCAGAGUUCUUUCUCCGAGAUGAAAACUUAGUUAAUUACCCCGAUCAGAAGGUUGAGAGUGUGGGCUUUGCUGGGCCUGUUAAUGAGAAGUCAAAUGCCAAAGAUCGAUCAUUGGCAGAAACUAAACCUCCAAGUAGAACUCAUGAUAAAAAUCUGCAGGAGCCUGUUAUUAUUGUGGAAGAUGUGCUCGAGACUAAUCAUGCUGGCAUAGAGUCUUCAUCUGGAGCUGCCUCAUGCAUACUGGAUGAAACCAGCGACGAUAUUAUCAAUAUUUUAUCUCCUACAGGAACAGAGGAAGAAGGAAGCAUAGUUCUAGAGUUUGAGGAUGCUGUGGCUGAUGAUGAGGACAAGACUGAAUCAAUUAGCGAUGCAAUGAUAGCUGAAAUGGAAGCCAGCAUAUAUGGCUUGCAGAUUAUAAAGAAUGCUGAUCUUGAAGAAUUGCGGGAAUUAGGAUCUGGUACUUAUGGGACCGUAUAUCAUGGAAAAUGGCGAGGAACAGAUGUUGCCAUAAAGAGAAUAAAAAAGAGUUGCUUUUCAGGGAGAUCAUCGGAACAAGAACGGUUGACCAGAGACUUCUGGAGAGAGGCUCAGAUUCUGUCAAAUCUUCACCAUCCAAAUGUGGUCGCAUUUUAUGGCGUCGUCCCAGAUGGAACUGGAGGAACCUUGGCAACUGUAACCGAGUUUAUGGUGAAUGGGUCACUUAGGCAUGUCCUACUUAAGAAGGAUAGAGCACUUGACCGUCGUAAAAAGCUUAUAAUUGCCAUGGAUGCAGCUUUUGGCAUGGAAUACUUGCAUUCAAAAAAUAUUGUUCAUUUUGACUUGAAAUGUGACAAUUUGCUUGUCAACCUGAGGGAUCCACAACGACCCAUCUGCAAGGUUGGAGAUUUUGGAUUAUCAAGAAUUAAACGUAAUACUCUGGUGUCUGGUGGUGUGCGAGGAACACUUCCAUGGAUGGCACCAGAAUUGCUAAAUGGUAGCAGUAGUCGGGUCUCUGAGAAGGUGGAUGUUUUCUCAUUUGGCAUCUCAAUGUGGGAGAUCUUGACUGGGGAGGAACCUUAUGAAAAUAUGCAUUGUGGUGCAAUUAUUGGGGGAAUUGUGAAGAACACUCUACGACCUCCUAUUCCUGAACAUUGUGAUCCUCAGUGGAGGAAGCUGAUGGAAGAUUGUUGGUCCCCAAAUCCUGAAACCCGGCCAUCAUUUACUGAGAUAACCAACCGAUUGCGAUCCAUGGCUAUAGUGCUUCAGUCAAAGGGAUCUAAUAAUCUGGUGAUAAGGCAAGGGAAACCAAACAUUUCGUGAUGAAUGAAUACAUAUGCGCCUAUUCUCUUCUUCAGGUACCAGGAUUGUCUAGUAUCUUCAAGAGAAAGCCCUUGGGGUUGAGGAUCAAGGCUUCAAGGAUGAGCAUGAGUACAAUUCGAUGACCUUUUGUCAAUAAAGACAUCUCCAUUUGUUUAUUCUUUUGUAACAAAAAUUACUUUGGGUAGUAAAUGAAAAAGAGUGCAUAGGCUGUUCUCUGCUUAGUUUACUGCGUUUUUGUUCCAAAAAACAUGAGUUCAUUUGUACAUACGCACUCAAAAGGCAUAGAGUCGUGCAUUGGGUUAUCUCCUUCAUGUCCGGAUUACGAGUCUUGCCUUUUUCUUUCCCUCUUCAUUUUGAGAGGUCGCCAUGUAAUAUUGAUAUUAUUGUCAUAUAUAACAGUUGAGGCCAAAAUAUAUUAUGAUCCUUUCUUUUCC